AUGAAGGCCAUCUUUCGAAGACUGAUUCGCUUCCAGGACGCGCAAGGCAAGAUCUGUUAUGGCGAAGCUCCGGAGAAUCUUGACGCUUUGGAAGGCUCCAGCGUCGACUUAUAUAUCGGCACAGAGCCAUGGGAUCUUGAACCGAGUGGCACGACCGCAAGAGUAGCCAAGAUACUGUGUCCAUUGGCCACAACGCCAAUAAUUUAUGGAAUCGGCCUGAUAUACAAGGCCCAUAUCGAGGAAGCUGGAUUUCCCGUCCCGAAGUUUCCUGUGUACUUCUCCAAGCCACCGGAUGCCCUCGCCGCUCCUAAUCAAGACAUCGCCAUCCCAAGGUACUUCGAGAAGCUGGACUACGAAGGCGAACUAUGCUUUGUGACCGGCCGUGAUGUCAGGGACUUUGGCCAAGAUGACAAUGUCGCGGAUUACAUUAUUGGAUUUAUGGCUGGCAAUGAUGUGAGUGCCCGUGAAUGGCAAACACAAGAGACUGCUGGCGGCCAGCAUCACGUUGCAAAGUCAUUUGAUCACUUUGCUCCCGUGGGUCCUGUCCUUGCUUCUUACGAAGCCAUUCCCCAGCCGGAAGCAUUGAGGCUUCAGACCUUGGUGAACAGCAACCUUAGGCAAGACACCCGCACAGACGAUCUUCUGUUCACUCUGAAGGACAUUAUGGUCCACUUGACUCUCGGCAAGACCUUGAGGAAAGGCACAGUCGUUAUGACGGGCACACCAAGUGGAGUUGCAGCAUUUAUGAAACCGCCAGUCUGGUUGGAAGAUGGAGAUGUUGUAGAGGUACGCAUCACCGGAUUAGGGACCUUGCGCAACAAGCAUGUUUUCAAGCUCUGA